AAAACGUAAGACACUUUAUGUAGGAAUAAUAUCAGUUUCUCUCCCUUACCUUAUUAUUGCCAUCAUCUUUGAAAAAAAAAACGCCAAAAUCAAAGUUUAAUACACGAUCAUGGCAUACAAAUUUACCAGUUCCUCUGAAGAAGACAAAGAAUUUCCAGUGGUUUCACAUUCUUUGUCUUUAAACCAACUUACUCCGAAAGCAGCUAAAAAUUGCCAAGGUCUCCAUGAACGUGUGUCGGAUUGGAAUUUACACCAGGUUGAAAAACAAUUGCAUAUUUAUUAUGCCACUGAUUAUUUAGAUAGCCAUAAAGACGUUUUUAACAAAAUAAACACUUCUACAUUACUAGAGUUUACAAAAGAUCAGAAGAAAUAUGUGCAAGAUCUUCAACGUUUUCUAGAGUUUGAUUCAGAUUAUGAAGAAUUAUGGCUGAAGACUUCUAUGGUUAAAAAGAAGCUUUCAGUACUGAGAAACAAACUUGAACCAAUUAGCUUCUUAUCCCAGCCAGUUUAUAUUUCUAAAGGAGAGAUAUUCAUCAACACAUUCGACUCAUUUUUUGACCAAUGUAUGGAGGCAAAACAGACCAGGUUCCAGGUCUCUGAAGGAAUGUUUGCAUCUCUGAUUAUCAGUCUUGGACAAGCAUGCUGCCUUACAACUUCAUUGUGCCUCCAUAAACAAACCCGAACCUCAUGGAAUAAUUUAAAAGGAGUUACUGUUAAAUCUCAACCAGAAUGCCGCUUUUUUAACAGUAGGACUUUUGGAAAUUGUACAACGUUAAAACCUAAAGCCAUUGUAUCUGUUGUUGAGGUAAAGAAUGGAAAAAGAAUUGGUUACACAGGAUUAAAACAUCCAGAAAGAGGAUCUUAUAGCAAAAAAUCAAAACAUUCUAAAAGGCAUCAUCACAUUAGAAAAAGACAUAUAAGUAGCACAGAAGAUAUUUACACUGAAGAAUCACAUCAGGUCACAGAGUUCACCAGUUCUAACAUCUCCUCACAGAUUAGUGAUAUGUCCGAUAACCGAAUACCGGAAAUAAUAAGUUAUAUUAGCAGUAAUACACUUGCAACACAUGCAGGGGAACUUCUACUUGAUCUUCAUAAAUACAAAAGUGAACCAAAAGUGUCAAAUAUUAUGACUUUACCAGGCAUAAUAGUAGAUGGGACUAAGGUUUAUUUUACAAUGCUGGAGAUGUCAGAAAGUCAUCAUGAAAAGCUUGAUAAAAACAUUGAAUUAAAUGGAAGUGACAGAGCCACUGUGUAUUAUGCUAAACCUUUAGACAUUUUGGUACAAAGUGAUCGGGACAUCAUUAUAGAAAACCUUGUUAGACUACAUAAUAUUUGAGUUUAAGAAGAGAAAAUAUUUGUAAUAUAAAAAUCCAGUCUCUGAAACAACGUCUUUGUAUUUAUUAUAACAUCCUCAUGAUGU